CUAUCUAACCAAUAUAUAAGUGCAGGUAGGUAGGCAUAGACUGUAGUUUAUUCAAUUGUGUAUAGUAUUGUGUCAUGGCGCCAAAAUGUUACGCUACGUAAUAAUUCUGAAGAGAUAAAAUUUUAUAUUGUUUUUUUAUACUUUUUUAAAACAUAUAUAGUAUACUGCAUUUAGUAAUGAAGGAUGAAAAAUAUCACACAGUAUCUUGUGGACACUAUAAAAUCUAGUGAAACCACUAGCGAUAAUACAAAACAAGAGAAGGAGUCUAAUAAUGGUUCAAAGAAAAAACGUAACCGUGUUAAAAUUAAAAUAUCACGAACAAAUACAAAGGAAAGGGUAUGUGAUAUCAUAGAAAGUAAUAAUGAUAUGAUCGAUAAAACACCUAGCCCAUUUACUAGAAAACAUGGUAAAGACAAAAGUUUACACGAAGCACCCAGGUCUUCGACAAACUUACAAAAACAAACAAAUCUAAAAAAAUCUGAAACUAAAGAUCUAGAUUAUUUAUCUUUAGAAACCAUUAGUGCCUACAAUAGUAAACAUAACAAACAAAAUGAUAGGAGUAAUUCUAGCGAUCCAUUAAGAAGUAAUAAAAGUAAAAAGCAAUUAAAGGAUAAAGAGAGCUCAAAAAGCAAUAUAAGUCUGUGUAAUACUAUUAAGAAUAAAGAUGCUGAAAUUGUAGAUUUAGUAAGUGAUAAUAACAACGAGGAUGAAUAUAAUCGCGAAGAGUCUAAUGCUUUUCAAAUUCUUAUGAAUCGUAAGAAACAGAUUCAAUAUAAUUCACCGACGAAAGUUCCUCAAAAUGAUGAAGUGAAUUUGAAGAAUUCUGAGGAAUAUAAAACUAAAUUGAAGCAUAUGAAAGAGAAGUUAAUAGUUUUAGCUGAUAAGAAAGGAUAUUCUAAAAGAAAACUAUCAGAGAUUGAAGAAGCUGAAAAAAUAGAGCGUAUUAUUCAAAAUCGUAUCAAAGUUUUUAAAAAGGAUGAAAAAAAAGACAAUAACUUGGACACAACUGUUUUUACUCAAACACAGUCAUGUGGCAGUUUAUUGAAUUACUUCAGCAAAGUUCCAGUGAAUUUAGCUCAUUCAGAUAUAACAGAUGUGUCCACUAUUAUAGUCAAAGCUGAUGUACAUAUGGCAGAAAAUUCUACUCAGUGUAAUAUGUAUAAUUCAAGUUCUAAUAAUGCAAAACAACUUAAAAGACAAAAUAAAUUGGACAUGGAACUGUCUCAACUAGACACUAUUAGUAUUUUAGAAUCUGAAAACAUUAGUACAACGUCUAAAUCAAGAAAGCAUAGUCAACGGGAACAAAAUAAACAUAGGUGGUCUUUACGAAUUAAGCUUCAAAGUUGUGAAAAUAGAAAUCCUAUAUCAGGAAGUAACAGCGAUGAAGAAUCAAUUUUACCACAAAGAGAAAUUAAUUUAAAUGCGAAAAAUUCCAAAAAUUCUGGAAUAAAAAGUGUUGGUCCGAAAGAGUUAUCUAUGAAAGACAAAAAUCCAAGAAGAACGCAAAAACAAAUCAAUGAGCAAAAAAAACUUGAAUUUACAAAACAUGAAUUAUCAAAAAACACUGAGGAUAUGUUAAUUUCAAUGGAUAAUAAAAAUUCAGAUGAAUGUAUUAAUUCUAACUUAGAAGAUUGCAUAUUUAUUGAUGAGAGUAAAUUAAAAAGAAAAACAGCUGAUAAAUUGGCUCCCUUGUUCACAAAACGACAGAAACCUGAUCCAGAAAUUCUAGCGGCACGUCGAUUGUUUCUACAACCGGACAUAACGGAUAAGAAUAAAGGCGUAGAUCGAAAAGUAAAUGCGAACAGUAUAUUGCUGUUUCCAGUCGUGAGUCAUAUUACACAAUUGAGUAAUUUAAGUUACAAUGAAAUGAGUAAUUUUAAUAUUCCAAAAAAAUCACACAUUAAGUAUAUUCCAACCAUAAAUGUGAACAACUAUAAGUGUAUAGUGGAUUUUUCUGAAAUAAAGUUAAGAUCAAGUAAAAACAAGAAAUUAAAGGUCCAAGAAGUACUAUCAGAAAUUGAGAAGUUCUGCCCAGGUGUAAGAAAAAUGUGGAGUACUAUUUCGCUCAUUUUUGAAGGACAAUUUAAUAAAAUUGUAUCUCCAAAAACGAAAACGAAAAGAAUAAAAUCUUUACAAAAAGGAAAGGUACUAGAAGAGAAAAAUAUAGAAAAUCAGUCUGAAAGUAACAUUUGGACUUAUAAAUAUAGGCCAAAAAGUAUUGAAGAAAUUGUUGGUAACGAAGAACCUGCAAUGAAAUUGAAAGAAUGGUUAAUUGGGUGGAAAACAACAUUUUCAAAUGAGGAUAGUAGUAGUGGAGAUGAGUUUUAUUCUUCUGAUAGCAACUCUUCAAGAGUUCACGAGAACAAUCAAGUAGCUAUAUUAUUGGGACCACAUGGAUGUGGUAAAACUGCUAGUGUAUAUGCAGUAGCAGAAGAAUUUGGUUAUAUUGUAUUAGAAGUGAAUGCAUCAUCUAGGAGAAGUGGCAAAAUACUUUUCAAAGAACUGGAAGAAGCAACGAAAUCACAUCAUAUUAAAAAGAACACAAAUACAUCUAGAUUUUUAAAUUUAAUUUCGGAUGAAAUUGUACCAAAGAAAAUACCACAAAACUCUCUCAUUCUUAUAGAAGACAUCGAUCUUGUAUUUGAAGAAGAUGAAGGUUUCAUUUCUGCUACUUACCAGUUAGCAUUAAAUACAAAACGUCCAAUUGUCAUGACAUGUAGGGAUAUUUGUCCACACUUAAGCAAAAUAGCGCCACAACAAAACAGAAUUUACUUUCAACAUGCGAAUGGUAAUAGGGUUAUUGCUUUAUUACAAUUGAUUUCACUAGCAGAAACUGGUUAUAACAUACCUACCAAUUUCUUAAAGGAACUGGUACAAAUAGGAGAUUUACGAAACGCUAUACUUAAAUUACAAUAUCUAAUGCUCUCUAAUCCAACACAAAUUUUUGAGCAAUCAAUUAUUUUUCAAAAAUCAUUCUGGCAAAAUAUGCGACAUUACUUAUAUAAACCAGCAAUAAAAGCAAAUAAGAAACAAACAGCAAAAAAAGCUGCGAAUAGUAAAGAGACGAAUUGUAACAAACACAUAUUAGAUGAUAUAGCAAAUAAAUUAAAUAACAUCGUUGUGCUAUCACAUUUAAUUGAUUUAGAAGAUUCGGCUUUAAAUCUAUCACAAACAAGAGUACAACCUAGUUUGUCUUUAAUUGAAAAUAUUGCCUCAUAUUCAGCGUCGGAUAAUAUAUGUUUAGAUAUAGCUGAAUGGAUUAGCGAGAAAGUUCUAUACAAUAGUCGUUUAAGUGGUUACGAUGGAACUUCUUCAUAUUACAAUGCUAUUGAACUAAAGAAACAAUUAAAUAAGGGAAUAAAUUCAGCACUAUCACAUACAACUUCUACAUUGCUUGAUCAUCAAGUUUUAUCUACAGAUUAUCUUCCAUGUUUAAGAACAAUAUGCAGAGCAGAAGAAUCCAGGGCUAAUGUGAAUAAUAAAAGAAGAAAUCGAUUCUUUCAUUACCUUCAUAGUUUAAAAGUACCAUCAAUGUCACUCAAACCGAACAUUUUAACGGCAGCAUGUAGAAUAAUGCACGAUACAUUAGAUAAUAAUACAAGCACAAAUGAAAGUAAUACUCUCAUAUCACAAUGAAUUUCUUUUAUUAUUUUUGCUAUGUAUAUAUAGCGAAAAUCUUGUGGUCAAAUAUACAUAUAAUCAUUUUAUAAAAUAUAUGGAGGAAAUUUAAUGCAUCUAUAGUUGACAUAUAUUUUUACAAAUUUACAAUACCAAAUUAAAUGGAAUGAAAAGUAAGUAUUUAAUAUAAUCAUUGAAAAUAAUAGUGCGAUACGAUAAAUACUAAACAUUUCGAAAUUAUAAAUAUUUUAUUUCUUUGAUACUUUUUCUUUUAAAUGACUGUCCUUCAAAAGGUUGAAUUUUAAUAUUUUAUAGAUCAACAAUUAAAUUGAUGAUAUUCUAAUGAUAGUACUUCUCAUUCUUCUGCAUAUUUCUUUAUUUUAUAAAGAUAUUGUGCAAAACUGUAUUAUAAUGCUUUUAAUGUGUUUAUUAAAAUAACAAACAUAAAUUUAAAUAUCAUAAUUAAAUACAAUAAAUACGUAUUUGUUAUAAAUUUAUUUUAUUUUUCUUCUGUAGAUAUUGUUUUAAUACAAUAAUUAAAUCUUUAUAUGAUGUAAUUUGCGAUUCAAUUCUUCGAAUUUCAGAAUUUUACGAAUGAAAAAGUCACCAUAACGAUGUGCUACUUUUGUAUCUGCGAUAUGAAUCAUAUCAUGAUCAAUAUAAAAGUCCAACUGUAACAGUAUAUGUUAGAAAAUUAAUACUUUUUGUAUUCCGAGACAAUAUUAAAUAAUGAUAA